AUGGCUCCCAAGACAGACUUUCCACCCGUGCGGGCGUGCCUCUUUGACAUGGAUGGCCUCCUGAUCGACACCGAGGACAUCUACACUCUCUGCAUCAAUACCAUCCUCGCCCGCUACGGCCGCCCGGACAUGCCCUGGUCCAUCAAGGCCAAGAUGCAGGGCCGCCCCAUGCCCCAGGCCAACGCCGUUUUCAUGUCCUGGGCCCAGUUGCCUAUUUCCCAGGAGCAGUUUCGCCAGGAGAAUUCCGUCCUGCAGGCCGACAAGUUUCCCAGCACACAGCCGCUGCCUGGUGUCGUCGACUUGUUGCGCUGUCUCGGCCGCACUCGCUACUGGGACUUGCCCGACGCCACUCCCACUGGCCAUCGCGUCCACAUCGCCCUCGCCACCUCUUCCCACGCGGCCAACUUCCGCCUCAAGACCGCCCAUCUGCAAGAUCUCUUCUCCGUCUUCGAGGCCCCUCGCCGCGUUCUCGGCGAUGAUUCCCGCAUUGCCCCCGGCCGGGGCAAGCCCCUGCCCGAUAUUUACCUGCUGGCCCUCAAAACCAUCAACGACACGCUUUCGCCCGGUGAGCCUCCCAUCACCCCGGAAGAGUGCCUCGUCUUUGAGGACAGUGUCCCGGGCGUUGAGGCUGGCCGCCGUGCUGGCAUGCGCGUUGUCUGGUGUCCCCACCCACUCCUCAAAGAGGAGUAUGCUGGCCGCGAGCCAGACGUCCUCGCCGGCACUACCGGUGAGGCUGGAGACACUGGCGCCGACACUCCUGCUGGCCAGAUCGACGAUGGCUGGUCCGAGUAUCUCGCCUCUCUCGAAUCCUUUCCUUACCAUCACUACGGCAUCGUCGUUCCAUCCCCUGAAGUCGACAGCCUGCCCUCCAUGAAGGCCGCUGCCGAAGAUCCUUCUGUCUUCAAAGCUGAAUCUGCCCCAGCUUUUUGA